AUGAGUGCGCAACCAACUUCUCGUGAGCCAUAUUAUGAGGAACGUCGCGCAUCUCCUGCUCUACAACGUUAUCACGAUCAAGCUUAUCGUGAAUAUGGUCCACCAACGCAAUCUAAAUCGGACCCCUCAGUUGACCAAGCCAUUUUAAGCAUGAAUAAUUUAAGAAUCGGUGAUGAUAACCAAGUUUUAACACGCUCUAAUACAACGCAAGUUACGAACCCCAAUUUACUUCAUGCAACAAACUCACAAAGAACAACUCAAAGAGUACCGUCUCCUCGUCUUCGUCCUCGUCCGAAUCAAGCAACACCUCCUCCUCCACUACAACAACAGCAUGAACCCGGGUAUCAACCAGAACUACCGCAAGAUGAAUAUCAAACAUAUAAUUAUCAGGAUGCUUAUAAUGAGUAUCCUCCAGGUUCGCAACCUCCUCUAAAUCAAGUAAAUCAUGAUAAUCAAGUUCUUCCAAUUUCUCCACAAGAACCCUAUUAUAAUAAUGAACAUUAUGAAAAUCAUGAUCCUAGAGGAUAUUAUCCGCCUGGACAAAAUUAUGAUCCUGCAAUGGGUUAUGUCGAGGAUCAAGCUUAUGCGUAUUCUCAAGAUCAAUAUGGUUAUGACCAAACCAAUUAUGAUUAUCAAGGAUACGCUUACGCUCCUUAUCAAGGAUAUCCUGGAAGCGAUGGAUAUUAUGGUGCAGAACAGCAAUAUUAUCCGGAUCCAUAUCGCUAUGAUCAAAACUACGAUCCAAAUUAUGAUCCAAAUUAUGAUCCAAAUUAUCCACCUCAAGGGUAUCCAGUGGAUGAAACUGGUCAACCGAUAUAUUAUGAUCAUCAACAACAGGAACCAUAUGAUAUAAUGUAUGAAGAUAAUUCAAGUAUUCUAACAUCACAAACUAAGAAUACUGGUCAGAUGGAGGAUAAACCUGUAUAUACACUUGAAUCCAUAGAAAAAUAUCGUAAACAAUCUAAAGAAAAUGGAGAUCCUGCUUCGUUAUUAGGUUUCGCUAAAUAUUUAAUUGAAGCUGCUGCAGUCACAAGUAAGGAUGAUCCUGAUCCGAAAAAUGCUAAAAAGAAAAAAGAUGCGUUACUUCAAGAAGCUGUUAAGCUUAUUAAAAGGCUAGCAACGCAAGGAAUGGGAUUUGGACGUCCUGCAUACCCAGAAGCUCAAUUUUAUCUUGCGAAUUGCUAUGGGAAUGGUUCAUUAGGAUUACCUCCGGAUCAUGAUAAAGCUUUUAAUUUGUAUAUGCAAGCAUCAAAACAAAAUCAUGCUGCUGCUACUUAUCGUACAGCCGUAUGUUACGAAGUUGGCGCUGGAACAAAACGUGACCCACAACGAGCUACACAAUUUUUUAAAAAGGCCGCUGCAUUAGGCGAUACAGCUGCCAUGUAUAAGCUUGGUAUGAUAAUGUUAAAUGGUCUAUUAUCUCAACAUCCGAAUCCACGCGAAGCUAUUAUAUGGCUUAAACGAGCGGCCUCCCAUGCUGACGAGGAGAAUCCACAUGCAUUACAUGAGUUGGGUUUAUUACAUGCAAAGCCCGAAAAAGAGCCACCAGAAAUUCCUUCUUUAAUUAGAAGUGAAAAACAUGCUAUAGAAGAAUUUAAAAAAGCUGCGGAUCUUGGUUAUUCCCCUUCUUGCUUUAAGUUAGGUUGUUGUUUUGAAUACGGACAAUUGGGAUGUCCCGUUGACCCACGCCAAUCUAUUAGAUACUAUUCCCGUGCUGCUGAAAAAGGAAAUACAGAAGCAGAAUUGGCAUUAUCUGGUUGGUAUUUAACAGGGUCGGAUGGUAUACUAAAACAAUCUGACACAGAGGCGUAUUUAUGGGCGCGUAAGGCUGCUGAUAAAGGUCUCGCAAAGGCAGAAUACGCAAUUGGGUACUAUUCUGAAGUAGGAAUCGGUGUUAAAUUAGAUGUUGAAGAAGCAAGACGUUGGUAUAUGCGAGCUGCAGCUCAAGGAAAUAAAAGAGCAAUGCAACGUCUUACAGAGUUAAAGAAUUUGGGAAGUUCGAGUCGUGUAAGACCCACAAAACAUACAAGAACUCAAGCAAAUAAAGAGGACUGUACUAUAUCUUAA